AGAAACAUGACGGUCAUCGGCAGAGACGUGUUUGGCCGACAGCUGAGUGAACCAGGACGAUUUGCUUACGCUGGGUUAUGUGGAGUGUCUCUGGGUCAGCUGUUUCAUGGGUCUGAACAAAAGAGUUUUCGUGAGUCGUAUCUGGAGGCUCUGGUGCAGUGGCUGAAUCUGGAUGAGUCUGUGAUGCCAGUGAUGCAGGCGUUUCUGACAGGGCUCGGGUUCGAAGGCUCUGACACCUUUCUCUCCAUCCUUCAAGCAGAGCCGCUGCUCAGAGCGGGAGCUUUACCCAUCACUCAGGAUCUCGUGUCAUUCUCAGUUAAAGAUGGACAGUAUGAUGCCCGUGCCCGUGUGCUGAUUCGCCAUGUCAGCUGUUUGCUGCGAGUGACCCAACAGCAGCUGGAGGAUUUUGAAGAGACUCUCGGAGAGAAAUUGAGAGAGGCAGGAGAGGAGAGCGCAGAAGAGUCUUCCAGGAGGCAGAAGAAAGAGCGAGGUCGUAAAUUGCGGCGGUACCUGCUCAUCGGGCUGGCCACUGUGGGCGGAGGGACAGUCAUCGGGGUUACAGGAGGAUUGGCGGCUCCUCUGGUGGCUGCUGGAGCUGGAGCAGUGCUGGGUGCAGGUGGAGCCGCUGUUCUGGGAUCAGCCACAGGUAUCGCCAUCAUGGCCUCACUGUUUGGAGCUGCAGGUGCUGGAUUAACAGGCUAUAAAAUGAACAAGCGUGUUGGUGCUAUCGAGGAGUUUGAGUUUCUUCCGAUGAGCUCUGGAAAGCAUCUUCAUCUCACCAUAGCCGUGACUGGCUGGCUGUGCAGCGGCAAAUACAGUUCGUUUCAGGCUCCCUGGUCCAGUCUAGGAGCCUGUGGUGAGCAGUACUGUCUAAAAUGGGAAUCGCGGUAUUUAAAGGACCUGGGCUCUAUUCUGGACUCAUUAUGGGAUGGGCUUGUUAGCGUCGUAGCGCAAGAGGCCUUAAAAUAUACCGUGCUUUCAGGGAUAGUGACCGCUCUGACGUGGCCUGCAUCUCUGUUAGCUGUGGCCAGUGUGAUCGACAACCCUUGGGGAGUUUGCUUGAGCCGCUCAGCUGAAGUGGGCAAACACCUUGCACAGGUCCUUCGCAGCCGACAGCAGGGAAAGCGUCCUGUCAAUCUAAUCGGCUUUAGCCUGGGAGCUCGUGUCAUCUACUUCUGCCUUGAGGAGCUGGCUAAUGAUCAAGGUAGUGAAGGUGUGGUGGAGGACGUGGUGCUGCUGGGAGCUCCUGUGGACGGGUCUGAGAAAGCCUGGCAGAGAUUAUCCAGAGUAGUUGCUGGGAAGAUUGUUAACGGCUAUUGCAGAGGGGAUUGGCUGCUUGGAUUUCUGUACAGAAGUUCAUCAGUCCAGCUGUGUGUUGCCGGACUUCAGCCAAUCAGUUCGAAAGACCGCAAAAUAGUCAAUGUGGAUCUGUCAUCAGUGGUAAAAGGACAUCUGGAUUAUAUGCGUCAGAUGGACACCAUCCUCGUAGCAGUGGGGGUUCCUACUAGGGAAGAAACUGGAGCAAUGAGUGGCAAACUACAGCUGGUACAUUUAUCUCAGGAAAAAGCAGACGCUCCAGAAUCAGCCGGUCAGAGCGGAGGUAAAAUAACACCAUCUCUAAACAUCAGGGAUAUCUCAGACACUACAGAUGUAAAUGCUGAUGAAAACCAAAAGCAGAGUGAAGUGCGGUACGAGAGGCAGGACUCUGAGAAUGGCUGGGAUAUCCCUGAUAUAUCGGAUUUACUGGACUCCAUUAGUGAAUCUGAUGGCGUCCUUGAAGCCUCUGGAGGGAAUACACAUUCUCCUUGUGAUCCUGGAGGCAAGGAUCAUGUCGAAUUAUCUCAGGAUCAGAAGCAAACAGGCAGAGAAGAUGAAAGUGAUGCAGACUUUGAGCAUAAGUCUUGGGACUGGGAUGACACACACUGGACUACUGAAUGCACAAACACAAGCCACAUUCAAGCACAAGACCAUUUAGGCAAUGGUAAACCAGCUAUUUCUGAGCCAAGAUAAAAAAAAACCCGAAAACAUCAUGACUGAAGUUAGAUAAGCAUUAUUUGCAGUGUAGACGUAAUGUAAACUACUGUAAAACAGAAUGUGGAUCUGGAUGGUGAAUUAUUUCAGAGAAACUUCUGAGAGUUGAAAUUGCUGCUAUUAAGGGUAUGGUUGGGCAUAGAUUUGUGCCAGAAGCAAAUAAACAGAGUUUGUGUGUUGCAAA